UCCAAUAGAAGACACAUGAUCAAGCAAGAGUUAGUUCUAGACUGUAACCACGCGGUCCCAAAUUGCAUCAGUGACCUGAUAUCAAAGCCAACUAACGUCUGAGAAAGUACUGUCCAAUCACAAAUCCACCAAACGUUAUCAAUGUCUGCUGCAAACAAGUUUAAACAAGAAGUUACCCCUGGGUCCUAUGCGAGUGCUACCUACCCCAGUGCUACCUACCCCAGUGCCAAUGCUAGUGCACCCAGCAAGCCGAGUUCCGGAGGUCAGGUCCACUAUGAGAUUGAGACGUCUGGUGGUCAGCCGGGGGUGGUAGUGUACGAAGUCCAUGAGGUGUACAUCUACAUACCUGCCGAACUGUCAGCUGCUGGUUUUGAACUCAAAAUUUGCGGAGUGGUACGAAUCACAGACAAGGGUACAGAGUUCUACUUGAACUGGAAGCCAAAUGACUUGUCUCACGAUGACGUGGCCUCCCUCUACUCAGCACAGGCCGACGGUUGGGCCAUGGUCGACGAGAUAGUGGAGCCACCUGAGAUGAUAGACUCUCAGGAGCUCAAGUAUCCCGAUAGAGACUACAAGCUCUCUAACUUAGAGGGCCCUGACUCGAUACUCAGCUCCCCUGGUAACCAAGCAACCAGCCCAACAACACAGUCACAUGUGCAUAUCAAGGAUCAAGGUGUACGGUACAGAUCAGACGGAGAUGCACGGGUGACUGGUAUAGUGUCCACUACCACACCCACACGCCUCACCUCCAAGGAGCACCCCAGGGCAGACACCGUCAAUUUCCCUAUUUCGAAAAUACACUCAAUUAAAGAAUCCAGUCAGUCAAAGAAGUGUCUGACAUUCUUCCUGACCGACGGCCGUGAGUUGCCCACCCUCCAUUUCCACGAUGGAGGGACGGGGGGACUCAUUCAGUCCCUGCAGAGAUACACCUACCUCAUCAGGGACUCCACUAAUCCAUUUCUAUAUCGAGUAACCACAUUCAACAAAUCCUCCCGUUCCAAGCUCGCCCCCCCUCAGACAAAGACGGACUCCCCGGCCCUACAGAACAGCAAACCAAACAAGCCAGGCGUGGAGAACCUGCUCCAAGAUGCAGUGUCUGGAUUCGUGGGCAUCACCAGAGCCGUGAGACAACAUCUACUGCCAGACAAGAAACUAUUGGAUGUGCGACCGGGCACAGAGAACGAUGACCUUGAAGAGACUAUACAGACUGUGGUACUGAGUGACAUGAAGUCUGGUCGCAGCCCACCCCCACAAGCCGGGGGUAAGGGGAAAUCCCCUGAUGACCCUGAGGCAUCUCUCAUCUCUGACUUUCAAAUCAUCACUGACAUUAGGGGCAAGCUCCCAGUGCGUCCUGCCAUCCAUCCUCGCCAGCCACCCGUCUCUGUGGAUGAGUGGGAGUGUUUCCGUGACGACUGGGGGAGGAUCACACCCGAGAAGGAGCUCAGAUUCAGAGGGAGGGUCAUGUACGGGGGGAUAGAGGAGAAACUCCGCAAAGAAGCAUGGAAGUAUCUGCUUGGCUACAUGCCAUUUGGAGACACUGACAUAGAGAGAAUGGACCUAAGAGUGACGAGGGAGGAGGACUACUGGCGUAUGAAGAGGCAAUGGGAAGCGUUCACACCUGAUCAGGAGAGUCGGUUCUCAAAGUGGAGGGAAACAAAACGUCUUAUCAAUAAGGAUGUUUUGCGCACUGACAGAGAAUUGGAAAUGUACAAUGAUGUCACUAGCACCAAGCUCACUCAGCUGGAAAAUAUACUCCGGACCUAUGUCAUGUACAAUUUUGAUCUAGGUUAUGUUCAAGGAAUGAGUGACCUACUUGCCCCACUGCUCAGCAUUAUGGAUAACGAGGUCGACGCUUUCUGGUGCUUUGCUGGACUCAUGGAAAUUGUGGGCCACCACUUUGAGUUGAGCCAGGCCGGAAUGCGACAGAGACUCAAGCAACUCAGAGCACUUCUCAAUAUCACUGAUCCAGACUUCUACAGUUUCUUGAAGGAGAAAGAAACGCACAACUUGUACUUUUGUUUCCGCUGGCUUCUCGUCAACUUCAAACGAGAAUUUUCAUAUGAAGACAUCUACAAGAUAUGGGAGGUGACAUGGACCAACUUCCUUUCCACGGACUUUUCACUAUUCAUAGCUCUGGCUAUUCUACAGCGUGAGAAGAAAGAUCUCGAAAAUGACCGAUACGACUUUAGCGACAUUUUACAGCACAUCAACGGCCUCUCCAAGCAGCUCCCCGUCAACUCCCUACUGGAAACUGCUGAGUCACUUUGCCGGCAAAUGGGAAGCUGUCGAAGUUUACCCGAAGACCUUCAGCCACUCCUGAUUCGACCUUUGCCCUCUCGGCCGAUCCCCGGGAGUGCAGCUGUUCGGAGAACUGAGGACACUAUCGUGUGUGACCCUAACAUGCGGGCAGUGCCCAGCAACUGACACACUAGUGUGCACACAUAGCAUAUAUUUAUUCUUACAGGGAGUUAUUGAAAGCACAGUUAUAUAGCAUUAAUAUUGCUGUUUUUUUUGUAACCCAACGAUUACAGUUUUAUCAAAUAUAUUCAUCCCUAUCAGUGU